AUGGCAGAUAAAGUCGAUUCAUCUUCUCCUUCUACUAAAAAGCUUAGGUUCAAGCCGAAACUUCCACCUUCAAGACAGAAAAAACGCACCGUCUCCAAAACUGAAGUCAUAAAUGAUAAUAAAAGGAGUGCUGAAGAUGAAGCAGGUGUCCAGGCUAAGAGGCUCAUGGACCAAUUCAAUUUCAAACCUGCAGCUCAAGUACAAGUUGCUUUUGGGCCGGGUGCACCAUCGCCAUCUCUUUUGAUAAGGAAAUAUAAUGUUCCUGGGCAUGAGAAGACUGGUAGCAGCUGGCCAGGGACAGAAGAUACUAUGGAUGAUGAUGGGAAAAUUGUUUUGCCUCCUUCAACUGCCAGACUAGAUGGAGCUACUAAUGCAUUAUCCCUGAAAGGGAAGAAACAAUACAAAGAACCAUGGAAUUACCACCGUACCUAUUAUCCAAAUACUCUUCCUUUGAGGCUGCCUUACUCUGGUGACCCUGAGCUUCUUGACAAGGCUGAGUUUGGGGAGGCAGCAAAGAACUUGGAGUAUGAUGAGAAUAAUAUCAAUCCUGCUUCUGAUCUUGGGCUGUUGGAGGAGUGUGACAAUGAAAGGUUAUUUUUCUUCCAAAUUCCUGAAAAGCUGCCCUUUUUGAAGCGAUCAGCAAGUGCAAAGGGAAAAGAGAAAGCUGAAAUUUCAACGCCAUCAGAAAGCAAGAGUGCUUCUAGGAAGACCAGUUUUGAAGAAUUACCAAAGGGAUAUAUGGGCAAAAUGCUGGUUUACAGGAGUGGAGCAAUCAAGCUUAAGCUUGGUGAUACACUGUAUGAUGUUUCACCAGGCUCAGAGUGUACGCUUGCUCAAGAUGUUAUGGCGAUCAACACUGCAGGUAAAGAUUGCUGCGCUAUUGGAGAGCUUGGGAAGCGUGCUGUUGUAACUCCUGAUAUUGAUUAUAACUUGAAUUCUGUGAUCAACUUGGACUAA